ACUCAUUUUGUGUUUACGUUUUACGCGCGGCCGGCCAAUCGACAGACCCAACGGCAUCCUUCACCCUCAGUGACCCCGACCAGUGGAGCGAAUAUUAUCCAAACCAGUAAGAUGGCAUCGACAGCGGGCAAAAGUUAUCCGACAACGUUGGAAGGAUUUGGAUAUGGAUUUACUGAAGAUGGAAAACUUCGGCAGCUGGACAAGGACACCGGAAAGCUGACAGACGAUGUAUUCGAUUUCAACAUCUACACCUCGGCUCAGGAAAAUCAAGCACACUACGAAGCCCUUGGGGAUGUCAUAACGGAAACCAUCUAUGAACGUUUGGAGCAGAAGGUCGGGCUGAAGCGACUCUACAUCCCGGACGACGUUCCCCCAGAAGCAGCAACCUUCGUUUUCAGCACCAAGGAAAAACUUGACCAGCCGAAGAAGCUGCUGGUUCUGAUCCAUGGUAGUGGAGUCGUUAGGGCUGGCCAGUGGUCCAGGAGUUUGAUCAUCAAUCACAGUUUGGAGUCGGGAACGCAAAUUCCUUACAUUGAGAAGGGUCGAGACCUCAACUACGAGGUCCUCUUAACCAAUACCAAUGAUAACAGUCGCAAAGUGGCCGGUGGAGGGAUGAAAUCAAUCAAGGGAAGUCGGAAUCCUACCGAACAUGCCGUGUCGGUUUUCGAGAAGUUUAUCAUUCCUAGCAAUCCGGAUGCGGUAGCAAUUGUUGCCCACAGCUACGGGGGUGUUGUCACCGUAGAACUCGCUCAGAAGUUUCCUCAGUUUUUCAAGGAAAAAGUGUUUGCCGUUGGGUUCACCGAUAGCGUACAUUCGUCUUCGUUGGUUCCGAAGGUGUUAACUGAGAUUGGGCGUAAUUGGGUAACAUCGAGAGAACCAAUUGACACACCCCUUUCAAUUUCCAAGACUGAUCUACCACGUUAUUCAGCCGGUAAGUUUUCAAUUUUUUUUUCAUUAAAGACUAUGGCAAGGAUGCAUGAUGAAAAGAAAUUACCUGCCACGGUCGCCAAAUGUGCAGACCUGUCCGGAGGUCCGAAGCUCGGAAGUAGCAUCAUUGAGCCACCGGAUCACUAA